AUGGACCCUGCGGAGCCGUCUUACAGCAUUCAAACCCCCGAGACAGGGAGAUUAAAAGAGGUCAGCGCCGAGCCAAGUUUGUCGUCUUCACAGGAUGGCCCGAAAUUCCAUAAAGAAAAGCAUAGGGUACAAUGGAAUCGUGGCGGAGAGACUCUAGAUAUACAGAAUAUACGAGCGACCUUUGAAUUGCCAAGUAACGGCAGCUCGGAGAGUGAAGAGGAUGCUAGGUCACCACCAAAACCAAAAGAACGAGUAGCGACGAGAAGAGGAACAAGCGCUGGCGCUGUAUUGCAAGUUUCAAAACAGAACCACUCAUCGCCGUCACUACCUGCUCCAUCAACAUCAGUAUCUGCCGGACCCAAGCCUCCAAUAUUAAGAAAAGCAGCGCUAGAACCGAAGCAGGAAGAGGCGGCAUUAUCAGAGGGCAAUGAGCCGGAUGACAAAGGGUCAACAUCUGAACAAGAGAGGAAUGAUUCAGGCACGCUCAGAGAGGCCGCAGGAAAAGCAUUCUCACAGCGGUCGGCACAGCAACGAGCGGAACGCUUGUCGCGAAGCGUCGGCAUAAGAUCGGCUCCUGGCUCACGAUAUACUUCCCCAGUCCGGGAUCCUUUGACAUCUGAGAAGCGGGCUGCUCAAUCUCCUCCGCCAUCUCCACAGAAUGGCCGGCAGCCGAAAUUUGAUCUCACUGACAUUCCUCUGGAGAAAUUGGAAACAAGACGUACAUAUGGGAUUGAUGAUGAUACGGAUGAUGAGAAUGAGGAAAAAGGCGUAAAGCCGAAACGUAAUGAGAUUAAAACCCGAUUGCACAGUGCUGCAAGACAUUUACUCAAGCAUCACACGCACCGGGACCCAGCGAAGUGGUUCAAAUUCCAAGCCGAAGAACCACCUUUAAAGUCAGGACAGACCACCCCGAUAGCCGAGAGAGACCCAUACGACUAUGUUCCUCCACCAAAGCAGUACAGAGAAGGCGUCUUUGGCUCACUUAUCAAGCUAUACAAUGAACAAGGCAUGGGAGCAGCUCUUGCCAAGGGCCCCCUGGGAAAUACUUAUCGCAGGCACAGCGAUACUCAUUCAAUACUGGAUUCGGAGAAGACCACGCCAAUUCCUACUCCCCCAGAUAGCCGUGUCGGCUCCAUUUCUUCUUCGGGUAGUUAUAGUCCUGGAGGGUCCCCUAAAAUCAAGCGAGAGAAAUGGUACUACAAAAACUCGCAACCGUAUUCUACAGGCUCAAUUGCAGAUCUUGUCAGCUCAUCUACGUCUCUUGCCCAGCCAACAAUGGCUCAGACUGGCGGUGCCAUUAAGCCAUCACCUAAGCAGAAACCCCUGAAGUCUCAAGCAUAUGAUGCGAUCACGGGGCGAAAACCUCAGAAAGACCAGGUCAUCCAGAUUCAUAUGCAUGUAGCGGAUGUGAUGCAACGUAAAGCUUACCUGUUGAAAAUAUGUCGAGCACUCAUGGCGUAUGGAGCGCCAACUCAUAGGCUCGAGGAGUAUAUGCGAAUGUCGGCUCGGGUUCUCCAGAUUGAUAGCCAGUUCCUGUACAUGCCAGGGUGUAUGAUUGUCUCGUUUGGUGAUGCGGCUUGGCAAACAACGGACGUCCGAAUUGUUCGCUGCGCGCAGUCAGUCAACCUAUCCAAGCUCUACGACACCCAUGCCAUCUAUAAGGAGGUGCUCCACGACAAGAUAGGUGCUGAUGAAGCAAUCUCUCGCCUGGACGAGAUCAACGGCUCUCAAAAUCGUUUUCACCCAUGGUUGCUCGUUUUGGUCUAUGGCUUCGCCUCUGUUUGCGUUGGACCCUUUGCGUUCGGAGCUCGGCCGAUCGACCUUCCUCUCGCUUUUGUCCUUGGCUGCCUCCUGGGAUUCAUGCAAUUGAUCGUCGCUCCAAGGUCGGAGCUGUAUAGCAAUAUUUUCGAAAUCUCGGCCGCCGUGCUCACUUCCUUUCUGGCACGUGCUUUUGGCUCUAUCAGAGGUGGUUCGGUCUUCUGCUUCUCCGCGCUUGCUCAAUCCUCUAUUGCACUCAUCCUUCCAGGGUAUAUUGUCCUCUGUGGCUCCCUAGAGCUUCAGUCGAAGAACAUACUGGCUGGUAGCGUGCGCAUGGUCUACGCAAUCAUAUAUUCGCUCUUUCUCGGGUUCGGUAUUACGGUUGGCACCUCAAUAUACGGCGCUAUUGACUCGCAUGCCACCUCUGCCACUGUUUGCACGACGACAUGGCCGUUCUGGUGGCAGAUCAUUUUCGUGCUGCCCUUCACCCUUUGUCUGAUCAUCAUCAACCAGGGGAAGUGGAAGAAAAUGCCUCCCAUGCUGGUGCUGGCAAUGGUCGGGUACCUUGUGAAUCACUAUUCUGCGCAACGAUUCGCCUCGAAUGCUCAAAUCGCCCAAACGUUGGGCGCUCUUGCUAUCGGUGUCCUCGCAAAUCUAUACUCUCGCCUCAGGCACGGCUUAGCUGCCGCCGUCCUCCUGCCAGCGAUCUUCGUGCAGGUGCCGUCUGGGCUAGCAGCAAGUGGGAGUCUCAUCUCUGGAGUGACGAGCGCAAAUCAAAUCACGCAUCAGAUAACAACUGGAGGGGCGACGACUGUGAGUAAUGGAACUCAAGCGGGCGGUGGCCCUGGCGCUGUCGAGGUCAAUACUGCGGUGUUGAAUGUUGGGUACUCGAUGAUACAGAUCGCGAUUGGCAUUACAGUGGGCUUGUUCAUGAGUGCGCUGGUCGUGUAUCCGUUUGGGAAGAGGAGGAGUGGCCUGUUCAGUUUUUAA